AUGUCGGCAGUGCAGCCGGACCAGCCGCCAACGACAUCCAUCGCAAAGUAUACCGAGUUACAUCAAGCCACAAAACCCAACCUUGAUCCCUGUACCGGGUCGCAUGUCGGUUUCCCCGGUUUUCUUGGACUCGUUUCAUUUAAUCUGGGCACUGGUGCGAAACUGGUAUCGGCCGUCUUGGUGUUCGCUCUGAGACCAUGA